UUUUAAUUAAUAUGGAGUCGUCGUAACAAUAAGAUUAAAAAUAGCCUUCAAGCAUUGGCUAAGCAAUAAAACAAUAAGUUUUGAAAGCUUGGCAACCAGUUCCAACUAUUAACUCAACUAUAAUUUUAUUUGCCAUAUUAAGUGUAUAUUUCUUAAGUAUGGGAAUUGUCCUAAAUGUUUAUUCUGGAGAAAUUAAUUAACAAAGUUUUAGAUAUGAUGCCUAUUGCUAAGGAUAUCCAGUUUGUGAAUUUCCAAUAGCUUUGGACACUGAUUAUAAAGCUCCAAUAUAUUUUUAUUAUCAAUUGGAUAACUUUUAUUAAAAUCAAAGAAGGUAGUGUUUUUAAGAUUAUUUAGAUAUAUUACAUCAAAAUCUGUUGAAUAAUUAUCUGGAUAAUAGGGAUUGGGAGUAGGUGACUUAAGUACAUGUUAUCCCGUAAUUACAAAUGGUUAAAUGGGUAAAAAUCUUUCAAUAAACGCAACACCUUUAUCAUCUAAUGAUCCAGCAAUUCCAUGUGGAUUAAUUGCUCAAAGCUAUUUUAAUGAUACUUUCAAUAUUACAUAUGAAGUAAAUGAUGAAGUGACAAAUGUUACUGUUUCAAAUGAAGGAAUAGCUUGGCCAACAGAUCUUGGAUUAUAUGCAAAUACAAAUAUCAGUUAAUAAUGGUUGAAUGUAACAGAUGAAAGAUUCAUUGUUUGGAUGAGAGUGGCAGCAAUGCCAAAUUUUAGAAAAUUAUGGGGAAUUAUAAAUUAAGAUUUACAAUAAGGUCGUUAUACAAUAGUAAUUGAAAACAGUAUCAUAAUUAAUAAUCUUAGAUUACAAUUCAAGUGCAUAUGGAGGUAAGAAAUUUAUAGUAUUUUCAACUACAAAUUAAUUUGGAGGUAAAAAUGAGUUUUUAUCUGUGGCGUAUAUAUGUGUCGGUGUAGCAUCAUCUCUAGUAACUAUUGCAUUUUGUCUGAAAAAGUAUUUCUCAAGAGUUGAUCAUAAAAAACUCUGAAUUUAAAUAUACACAAG